UAUGAUGAAGUAGUUUUACAUACAAUUUCUACAUUUUUAUUCUUGGCCAGGUUCCCAAGGACACGGAUUACGGAAGGAUACAGCUUGCAACUAUCUCCGUAAAUAGCCACAUACUAGUCAGUCAUUCCUUUUUGGCGCUAAAAGUUUGCGAAUUAAAAUUAUUAAAUGUAUUAUUGUCAUUAUCAAAAUAUUAUACCUUAAUGUCAUAAAGUACGAUAUGAGUAUUUGAGACUCAAUCCAUUAAAAUGAAUGUAGUUCAGAGAGAAAAACAUUCUAAUGUUAAAGCACCAUCAAAACUAAGAAAUGAAUUAGUAAGGAAGGAUGCUUCGGUGGGUAUACGAGGUGCAUCGUUGCUACCUAUUGUUCCCUACAACAUAUCAAAUAUUAAUCGUUCUACAAAUAGUGGACCACGAUAUCAAUUCAACAAAAAUGAGCCUUCAACUUCAAGAGGCAAUAAAACAUGUACUAUGGGUCCCCCUCUUGGGCCACCACGUAGCGCUAAGCGAAAAAUAAUACACAAUUCGAACUCGACGAAACCGGAGUCGUCAUCAAGCGGGCCGCGCCCGAAGAUACUGGCAAGCGAUUCAGCUGCGGUUGACACCUCCUUUGACUACUGCACUCCGAGGAACCGGCCGACGGCUUUGAGAUACAUCAGUAGUAGCAGCAGAGGUGGGCAUAGUGGUACAAGAUCUGGACGUUCGACGAGUACUUCAGCGUUAGAAGCCAGCGUCAUUUUAGCUAUAUCUGAAGGGCGCGGCAUGGCUCGCGGGGAGAUAGGCAUGGCUGCAGUAGAUCUUCGUCAACCACACCUUGUGCUGUGCCAAUUUAGUGAUACCCUCCUAUACGUUCAUACGCUGACUAAGAUCAACUACUUCAAUCCUGUUGAGAUAAUAGUGCCCCACACAUUCUGUGAAGGAGUGCAACCGAACCAGUUGUACCAACUGAUCAGAGAUCAUUAUCCACUGGUCAACCUAACCACGGUGCAAAGACGCCACUUCAAUGAUGCGGCUGGACGCCAGCAAAUACAGACCCUUUGCGCUCCACAAUAUAGUGGUGUUUACCUUCAAGUUCUGCACAAGUUUUAUGCAGUAACAGCGGCAGCAGCAGUCCUGAAAUACGUGGAGUACAUUCAGUGCAUUGUAUUCGCACGAGAAUCUUUGAAAAUUGAAUAUCAUUCUUCUGAAGACACCAUGGUCAUCGGUAAGGUAUUUUGGUUGGUCCGUGUAUGUUGCAGCCUAGUUGUGGAAAGAUUUGUUUUUGUUGCAGAACGAAAAGGCACUUUUAUGCCAAUACAUAUAGGUACUCCAAUAAUUCAUUUAUUUUCCUUAUUAGAUGUAGGAACUGCCACUCAGCUAGAGUUAGUUCAGCCUCUAGUACCGUCUGCGGGAUCUACCUGUUGCCUACUAGGUGUUCUGGGACCAACCUAUACAGUCGGCGGUAUAAGAGCUCUUCGCGCAGCUAUUCUUCAACCUUCCUGUAAUAAGGAGUUUAUCGAAGGCAGACUCGAUGCCUUACAAGAUUUGAUUGAAAAUGAUGAGGGACUGAUGACUAGCUUGCAGGAUGUUGUCAAAAAACUAGCUGAUGUUGAUAAGAUUUUGUUCCUAUGCAUGGACUCUCAGAAUCAAAACAUGGACAAAGUAGGAGAAGCUCAAUUGAAUCAAACACUAUUAUUAAAAACGACCAUGGAGAUGGUUCCGAAACUAAUUGAAGCGCUCAAUGUCGCUGAAAGUGGAAGGUUAAGAAAAAUAAAAAUGGAUUUCGAAAACCCGCAUUAUAAUGAAAUAGCAGAACGUAUCAAAACAAUUAUUCAAGAUGAUGCUCACCUCGAGCGAGGAGCUAUGGGUAGCCUACAACGGUGCUUCGCUGUCAAACCCGAUAUUAACGGCCUGCUAGAUGUAGCUAGAAGAACAUAUUCGGAACUAAUAGAUGAUAUACAGAAAAUUGUAGAGCAAUUGAGUGAGACUUAUGAUAUUCCAAUCAGGUUGAACCAAAACGUGAUGAAAGGAUUUCAUAUCGUAAUGUCAAUUGCUCCAAAGAAUAGGAGGAGUUUCAACGUCGAAGAUUUGCCACCAGUUUUUAUACAGGUUCACAACAGUGGAGCAAGUGUGUCGAUGACAACAGAAGAAUUAGUAGUUCUUGACCAACAAGCUAAGGAAUCUCUGAACGAAAUUCAGAAAAUGAGCAAUAUCGUGAUAUCAAGUUUACUAAAAGAACUUCGCCCGUUUAUGUCAAGUCUUUACAAGCUUUGUGAAAAUGUUGCUGAACUAGACAUACUUUUGGCUAUGGCGCAAGCAAGUUCGGUGGGGUCUUAUAUCAGACCAGAAUUUGGCACGUACUUGGAAAUCAGAAACAGCGUGCAUCCGCUUCUAGACUACAACAGCCAGGUCAUGCCGGUACCAAAUGACAUUUUCGCAAGUCCAGAACAGAACUUCACAAUAAUAACAGGACCAAAUAUGGGCGGAAAAAGCAUUUAUAUAAAACAAAUUGCUGUAAUGCAGAUAAUGGCUCAGUUGGGCUGUUUCGUGCCCGCUACAAAUGCUGUUUUAAGAUUAUGCGAUCGUAUAUUUUCAAGAAUCGGUUUCAACGACAGUGUAGAACUAAAUGCUUCGACUUAUGUUUUUGAGAUGAAAGAAAUGCAACACAUAAUGACAGGUCUAACGAAAUCAAGCUUAGUGAUCAUCGAUGAACUCUGUAGAGGGACGUGUACUGAAGAAGGGACGAGUAUAGCGUGGGCUAUAUGUGAAGAAUUGCUAAUAAGCGACGCGUUUGUUUUCUUCACAACACAUUUCAUGUACCUGACGAGAUUACAGGAUUUAUACUUCAACGUUGUUAAUCUUCAUACCGCAGUCACAGAAGAAGAAAUACCAGAAACACAAAAUUUACAAAAGAGGCUGGUUUACCAACAUAAGAUUGACGCAGGGGCUACUGAAAUAGAACACUACGGAUUAGCUUUAGCCGAGAAAACUAACCUGCCCGAAGACACUGUGAAACUGGCAAGGGAACUAGCUGAGCUUAUUGUUCAAAAUAGAAAGCCUCAAGAAAUGAACACAGUUGAGAUCAAUGAUGAACACGUUUUGUACAAGCUAAACGCUGAAAUCAGACAAGAAUCUAGAAAACACGACAACGCUGAAGAUGUUAUCAAAGCGAAGCUACGAAAAUUCAAGGAAGAGCACCCUUUACUUAUAGAAAGACUGAAAGUACAAAGAAGUAGAAUAAAUAUCAGAACAGACAGUAGUGUUAAUUAUUCUUCUAUUGCGAAUUCAAGACAAAGUGGUAUUUCUAACGUUGCAAUUGUAUGUAGAGAAGGACUUUGUGAAGAAAAGAAUACUGGAAAUGUUGAGACGACAGUUAGAAGUUCUAACGUCAUUUGCAGCCCAUCAGAUCCUAAUAAUGGAACCUCAAGUUCUAAUGAAAUUAGAAGUAUGACAAAACUUAGGCAACCGUUUCAGCCGCCAUUCAAGAAUUGUAAUAAAACACCAAAUCAUAAACCUACCGUAAUAUACUCUACUACGUCUGACGAUGCUGAAAACUAUGAAACUUCUCAUUCAAAUAAUAACAUUUUUACUUCAGUGAAAUCGUCAAAUGAGCUAUUGACGACUUUAAUGAACAAUUACAAUGAAGAAGUUGAACAAAACGAGUUGGUAGAGAAAACGAUUGAUAGUUCAGACAACAAAGAGUUACCAAGAGAAGUAGUUGAAGAAGCUCUUUGUUCAGUUAAUAUCAGCGAUUGUAAUAACAAUAUUCAUAUAAAUGUUGAUAUAGACAACGUUAAUAGCAAAGACGAAAUCACUUAUACAGCAGAGUCUGUUAAUGGCAAACGUAAUGAAAAUUUUGAUUUGAGUGACGAUUCCGAUAUUGCAGACGCUUUGACGCAAGUUAUUGAAGAAUAUUCAGUAGAAGAACAAAGUAUGGAUUUAGAAAAGAGCGAAGAUGAUAUAUCGAUAGAUGAAGAAUUAAUGGUGGAAACUAUAAAUGAAAUUCAUAAAGAAAUUAAUAGUGAGGAAUUGAGCGUAGAAAAUAUUAUUCUUACACCUCCAGUAGAGUUUCAAGAUUAAUAAAGUAAACUGAAAUAGA